GUUUUUAUCUAAUCAGAAAGCAAGUCUAUCAGAUUUACGAGUUUAUACGGAGCCCUGAAGGCAGCAUAAUUGACCUGCAUCAACAGAGAACUUAGGUCAGGUUCACUUCACGAACUUCCGCGUCUGUCUGCGUCUGAAAACUGACACUUUAACUCCAGAAUUCCCUCUGACCAUCGUCAUGGCGUCCACGUCGAUCGCCACCGUAGGUGAGAUGGUGGUCGUCACUCAAGUCUUUCCCAAAGAUGAGAAGUCCGUCCCGCUUCAGACUCCUGCUGAUGCUCAGCUGAAGGCCCCGCCCUCUGCCGUGAAGACUCCGCCUCCUGCUAAGAAGAACCCCGCCAAGGUGGAUGACAUGACCACCGCCUUUCUGCGGGGGGAGCCGCUGAGCCUCGGGAUUGUUCAGAUCUGCAUCGGCCUGGUGUGCUUUUCGUUCAGCGUGUUCGCCAUCUUCUCUCCUGCCAUGAUAGUCUCCGCUCCGUUCUGCUUCGCCGCCGUUUUUGUGAUUUCCGGCUCUGUGGCGGUGGCGGCGAGGAGAGGGACCUCAAUCCAGCUGGUCUGGGCGUCUCUGAUGUCCCAUGUGCUCAGCGUGCUGCUCGGCCUGACGGGAGCAGCGUACCUCUGCUGGCUGAUGGCCGCCCAAAAAGUGGACAACAUAAUCUGUGACCCAAACGAAUUCUGGAGUUUGAGCGACCCCUAUGAUAUGAGGACAAGGUGUCUGGAGAAAGUGUGGUUUGUGGAUAGGACAUUGUACGGACUCUUCGGCCUCCUCCUGGUUCUGGUCAUCCUGCAGGUUUGUGUCGCCAUCACCGUUUGUGUUUUCAGCGGCAAAGCCAUCAGAUUGUACCGAUACUACGCCCCGAUCAAGGCGGAGGAGGGCGAUUGUGGCGCCCUGUUGGACAGCGACGGCGAGGACAUCUGUCACCCAGCGUCACCCUGAGAGGGGAGGACAAAACCUCUGAAUAUCACUUAAAAUACUGCAUUUAACCACUACAGAGUACAACCAUACUUCAACUCUGUCUGUCACUCUUUUCUGUAAUCGUCUUUCCCUGCUCUUAACCAGGUGUUUUUGCUGUGGUGGAGUAAAUCUGUGAUUGUGCUUUAAUAUGAAUCAGAUGAUAAAGACUUGAUGUAGAAAUAUAACACAGGUACGGUUUAUAAUAGUGCCAUCAGAGAAGAAGAGUCAACCUUUAAGGAGUAACUGUUACUCAGAUAAAGUUAAAAAAAGAGAUGGAGCCAGAGCUUAUAAUCUGGUGUUUGAAACACACAGUGCCUCUGGCUGAUCCACAUAACUUUAUCCCAGCAUGACAGUGAGACUUAUGUGGCUUGCACCUUUAAUAUGUUUAUUUGAAAUCUUCAUUGCCCAGAUGAAACUGACGGUAAAGAAUGACUUGCUGAAUGCUUUUCACACUUUAUAUGUAUUGUUUGUCUACAAAGCAACAAUAAAAUUGUGCGUGUUUUGACCGUA